CGCCGUUAAAAUGAAACUCUAGUGGCUGGAGUCAGGGCAGAGCGUGAGGGGAGCCGGCACAGGCGGGCUUGCUUGCAGCCCAGCGGGAGCGGCCAGCCGGGCAGAACUAGCUGGACUUUCCGACGGGCCCCCAUCCCGAGGCUGCGGCAGCUUCGGUUCCGAGCCUGACUGGAACGGAGCCCGAGUCCCGGCCCCUGAGGGGAUCGCUCUCUGCAGACCAGUGGGACCCCGAAACUUGAACGCAAUACCUACUCCCUUUUUAUGCCUUCCUUUGUCACUUCCUCACCUUUCUCCCAGCGCGUUCUUUUCCCCCCCUUUUCGUUCUCCCUCCCUCGAAGGACACAAAAGUGGCUGCCGAGGAAAGAUUUGGAGGCAGUGGGAGCUUUUCUCUUCGGAGAGCGACCGUGUGGAAAGGAUUUUUGGGAAGCAGCUUUCUAACAUCUCAGCCCUCCUGCCCCCCAAGCCUCUCUUUACCUCUCUGAGGAGAGAAAGCCCGUAGAUUGAAAGUUCGGGGGGCAUCUUGCUGGGUGCUGUAAGAGGAAAGUGGGGGAGGACCCCGUCCUCGUCCCGGUAGUUGGCUGGACUUGUACCGGCCGUUGGAAACCCCGAAGUGCAUUUCCGUGUGGGACUUUUAUAGAUCUAUAUUUUUAGAUUUUUAAAUAUCAGAUAAAAAAAAUAUAUAUAUAUAUAUGCUUUCUAUAUAUUUCCUGACGACCUGCCCCUGACAGCGCGAUGUACAAUACGGUGUGGAGUAUGGACCGCGAUGACGCAGACUGGAGGGAGGUGAUGAUGCCCUAUUCGACAGAACUGAUAUUUUAUAUUGAAAUGGAUCCUCCAGCUCUUCCACCAAAGCCACCUAAGCCAAUGACUUCAGCUGUUACAAAUGGAAUGAAGGACAGUUCUGUUUCUCUUCAGGAUGCAGAAUGGUACUGGGGGGAUAUUUCAAGGGAGGAGGUAAAUGACAAAUUACGGGAUAUGCCAGAUGGUACGUUCUUGGUCAGAGAUGCCUCAACAAAAAUGCAGGGAGAUUACACUUUGACUUUGCGGAAGGGAGGCAAUAAUAAGUUAAUAAAGAUCUAUCAUCGAGAUGGUAAAUACGGCUUUUCUGAUCCUCUGACAUUUAAUUCUGUGGUGGAGCUCAUUAACCACUAUCAUCAUGAAUCUCUUGCUCAGUACAAUCCCAAACUUGAUGUGAAGCUCAUGUACCCAGUGUCCAGAUACCAACAGGAUCAAUUGGUAAAAGAAGAUAACAUUGAUGCAGUAGGUAAAAAACUCCAAGAGUACCACUCUCAGUAUCAGGAAAAGAGUAAGGAGUAUGACAGGCUAUAUGAGGAAUAUACCAGAACAUCACAGGAAAUACAGAUGAAAAGGACUGCAAUAGAAGCUUUUAAUGAAACAAUUAAAAUAUUUGAAGAGCAGUGUCACACACAAGAACAGCAUAGCAAAGAAUAUAUUGAGCGAUUUCGCAGAGAGGGGAAUGAAAAGGAAAUUGAACGAAUUAUGAUGAAUUAUGACAAAUUGAAAUCACGUUUGGGUGAGAUUCAUGAUAGCAAAAUGCGUCUAGAGCAAGAUUUGAAGAAACAAGCUUUGGACAACCGAGAAAUAGAUAAAAAAAUGAACAGUAUCAAACCUGACCUGAUCCAGCUGCGCAAGAUCCGAGAUCAGCACCUUGUAUGGCUCAAUCACAAAGGAGUCAGACAGAAACGCCUAAAUGCCUGGCUGGGAAUCAAGAAUGAAGAUGCUGAUGAGACCUAUUUUAUCAAUGAGGAAGAUGAAAACCUGCCCCAUUAUGAUGAGAAAACCUGGUUUGUUGAGGAUAUCAAUCGAGUACAAGCAGAGGACUUGCUUUAUGGGAAACCUGAUGGUGCAUUCUUAAUUCGUGAGAGUAGCAAGAAAGGAUGUUAUGCUUGCUCUGUGGUCGCCGAUGGGGAAGUGAAGCACUGUGUGAUCUACAGCACUGCUCGGGGCUAUGGCUUCGCAGAGCCCUACAACCUGUACAGCUCGCUGAAGGAGCUGGUGCUCCAUUACCAGCAGACGUCCCUUGUUCAGCACAACGACUCCCUCAAUGUCAGGCUUGCCUACCCUGUCCAUGCACAGAUGCCCUCGUUCUGCAGAUAAAGAGGGAGUGGGAAGAGAGGUGGCUCUCUAGCAUUUUUUUCCUACAGUUUUUAUUAGACUAUGAGGGCAUUCUUUCUACGUAGACUGCUUGUUUUGCACAAGAAGUGAUCCUGUGAAUGUGGAGAGGCCGAGAAGCAGCCUGCCAGGAUGGGGGCGCAAGAAGCCUGAGCUUCUCUGAGACUCCGCUCUGCCGCUGCACCGACAUAGGGAGCUGGAAGCAGAUGUUGUUUUCUGGAAAGCCUAUUUCAUUGGGGUUUUUGUUUUGUUUAGCCAGGCACCCUCAGCAGAACGUAUUAGGUUUGAUGGGGGUGGGGGUUUAUAUCUGGAAAUCUCUGAAGAGUCCUUGUCCUCUUUUGGUCUUCGACUCUGAGAAUGUGGCAGGGGCACGGCUCUUUGGGGAGUUCUGUUUUGAUCUGGCGGUCUCUCUUCCUCCCCAAAAGAAGUCUGUUUUGGUUCUGUGGUAGAAUGGCAAUUGGUGAAAAAGACAACCAAAGGAAAACGAGGAGGCUUGAGAUUUCAUUUAGAGAAUCUUAGUCAAGGGGGUAAAAACACCUUCAACUGGAGGUACUUUAUUAACUAACACAAAUUAGGCGUCAGCAUCUCAGUGGCUCCUUCCUCUAAAGAAGCAUUAUGUUUAGAAACCAAAUUGAUCUCAGCAGAAUAAUAUUUGUUGCCAGACUAAGGUCUGAUGGAAAAGACAGCACUAGUAUCUGAAUGCACACUUCUGUACCAAAACUUGAAAGGAAAACUAGAAUUUGUUAGUUUUAGCAAACACUAAAAUUGGUCAGUGCAACUCCUUCUGCCCCACCCUUGUUUCUCAGAGAUGAGGAAUAGUGUUCUUUUUGUGGGCAUGGUGAGCUUUGAAUCAUAAAAUGAAGUUGGUGCUUGUGUGGUGUUUCCUUAAAAGAAUGAUCUAUUGUUUGAAACCUUUGUAACUUGUUUGUAUGAGUAAAGAAAAGGUGCAAUCCA